AUGGAAGCCAGUCCCGAGCAGUUCCUCAAGCUUCCGCACGGCGGCCGCAUCUGCUACCAGACCUUUGGCCCACACGCCGGCACGCCGGUGCUGCUCCUCUCCGGCGGUGGCCAGUCGAUGCUCUCAUGGCACGAGGAUCUUAUCGCGCAGCUCGCCUCUGCGCUGUCCCAGUCCAAUCCCUCCUCCCCCCCGUCCUCCUCGUCGUCGCCAGCGAGGGACUACCUAUUCGUGCGGUACGACACGCGCGACACGGGCCGCUCCACGCACUACGCCUGCCUCGACGACGAAGCCCGCCGGCGCUACACCCUCGACGACCUGCUUGCCGACGCGCUCGCGCUGCUGGACCACGUAUGCGCCGGCGUCGAAAACGCAGCGAGGGCGGCACACCUCGUGGGCUUCAGCAUGGGCGGCGCGACGGCGUGGAUGCUCGCGGCGCGGCAUCCGCACCGCGUGCGCACCAUCACGCUUGUGUCGUCGAGCCCCGUCGGGCCAGCUGGAGAUGUAGCGACGGGGAUCCCGUCGGUGGAUGAGGCGACGAUGAAGCGCGUCGAGGCAGUGGCGCGGCCGACGGAGGGAGAGGAGUGGAUGACCGAUAGGGAGGCCGUGGUGCGGUUCCUGGUGGGGUUUGAGGAGGCGUGCAUGGGGGAUGAGGAGGAGCGGUUGACGGAUGAGGAGAGGAGGGAAGCGGAGGAGAGCGCGGGAUGGGCGUUUGAUCGCACGGCGAGGGUGGCAAGGGAUGCGAAGCAGCAGAUGGAGGACGAGGAUCAGCGCAAGGGGAGUAAGAGUCAGGAUAACGGGAGGCUGUAUGAGCGCGGCGAGGAGCGUGCCAACGUGAGCAGCUUCUUCAACCAGGCGGGCGCGGCGUGGGCGGCCUGGCCAAGGGAGGAGCUGCGGCGCGUGGCGUGUCCCGCGGUGGUGGUGCACGGCGAUGGGGAUGGCAACGUGCCGCUGCGGCACGGGGAGGUGCUGGCGGAGGAGAUGAGCGGCGGCGAAGGAGACGGCGGCGCGGGGCCGGUGGCGACGAGGCAGAGGGCGAGGCUGGUGGUGUGUUGA